UACACUUUGUGUGAAUGUGGUUUCCGUUACUAGUCGCUGUUAGGUUGCAUCUUCCAUCUUUUCUCCGCCUCAUGCUUCAAUUCAUUAAUCGUCACUGCAUGCGCGUUCAAGUGUAGUAUAUACAUAUAUAUAUACGUACAAUAAAUAAGUAAAUGUAUACUCCAUCAGCUGAUGGGUACGUAUAUGUAUGAAUAAAGAUCAGAGGUGAGGGAUGAUGAGACGAGGCGGCGGAAGGGAGGUUGUUGCUCUGCUGCUUUGUGGAUUUCACCUCUUUCUUCUCACAGCUUCCAAAAGGCAGAAAAUUCCUAAAACGAACAACCAUGAAGAGCGACAAUCCUAUCCGCGCGUGGAAUUGCAUAUGCAGGAUGAUGGGCAAGUAACAGUGGAUAAUGGCUUUCUAAGAAUUACUUUUUCGACUCCUGCUGGAAUGGUUACUCAAGUUCAGUAUAAUGGAAUUCACAAUUUGCUCGAAGCUCAGAAUUUGGAAAACAAUCGAGGAUACUGGGACAUUGUGUGGAAUAAAGGAGAUGCACCGGGCAACAUUUUUGAUAAGCUUGAGGGGUUUAACUAUACGACAAUAAUGGAUGAUGAUGAUCAAGUAGAGCUUUCAUUCACACGGAAAUGGGAUACUACGUACAACGACUCACUUCUUUCCAUGAAUGUUGACAAAAGGUAUGUAGUUUUGCGUGGAAGCAGCGGUUUUUACUCUUAUGCUAUACUUGAACGUUUAGAUGGUUGGCCAGAUAUAGAUGUCUACCAAGGCCGUAUAGUAUUCAAACUUGAUCAAGAGUUGUUCCAGUAUAUGGCGGUGUCUGAUGAGAGGCAGAGAAUAAUGCCAACGGCGCAAGACCGACAAGAGGGUAAAAUACUUGAUUACCCGGAAGCUGUUCUUUUGAUAAACCCAAAAAACUCUUUCUUGAGGGGAGAGGUUGAUGAUAAAUAUCAAUAUUCUUGUGAAGACAAGGAUAACCGAGUCCAUGGAUGGAUAAGUCCAUACCCGCCGACAGGGUUUUGGAUGAUCACUCCUAGCAAUGAGUUUCGAAACGGAGGACCUUUAAAACAAGAUCUUACUUCACAUACUGGUCCUAUCACUCUUUCGAUGUUUUUCAGCACACAUUAUGCUGGAGAAAUGUUGGGGCUAAAGUUCCGAAAUGGAGAGCCAUGGAAAAAGGUUUUUGGGCCUGUUUUUGUGUACCUAAACUCAGUUGAAACCGAUGAAUAUGCUUUGGAUCUUUGGGCAGAUGCAAAGGAGCAGAUGUUCAUAGAAACUGAAAGUUGGCCAUAUGAGUUCCCACUCUCUGAAGAAUUCUUUCCAGCUCAGAAAAGAGGUCUGAUAAGUGGAAGGCUACUCGUUCGAGACAGCUACAUCAAUGAAAGGCUUAUGGCUGGUAGUUCUGCUUCUGUUGGGCUUGCUCGUCCAGGCAAUCUAGGAUCAUGGCAAUAUGAAAGUAAGGGUUAUCAGUUCUGGACUGAAGCUGAUUCAGAAGGGUAUUUCUUGAUUAACAAUGUUUUACCGGGCAACUAUAGCUUGUAUGCCUGGGUGCCUGGAUUUAUGGGUAACUACAGAUAUGAUUUCUACAUAACUAUCACAGCAGGAUCAAGAAUCAGGCUUGAGAAUCUCAUAUACGAUCCUCCCAGAACAGGUCCAACCCUGUGGGAAGUUGGGAUCCCUGAUCGGACGGCAUCUGAGUUUUUCAUUCCCGAUCCUUAUCCGACACUUGAGAACCAAUUGUACACAGAAGAUACCUCAGAAAAGUUUAGGCAAUAUGGGUUGUGGGACAAAUACACAGAGCUGUACCCGGAUGAAGAUCUGGUCUUUGUAGUGGGAAGAAGCAGUUAUGAGAUUGAUUGGUUUUUUGCACAUGUUAAUAGAUACGUAGUAGAUGGGGAGGAAGGAAAGAAACGGUAUAUACCGAGUACAUGGAGAAUUGAGUUUGAGCGUGACGAGAGCUUUGAUGAUGAUGAGUUGGGAAACUACACUCUUUGGAUCGCAUUGGCAUCAGCACAUGAAGCUGAAUUACAGGUUGGAGUGAAUGAUGAAGAGAUGGUUGUGCCACACUUCACAACGGGGUUAAUAGGAAAGGACAACACAAUUGCAAGGCAUGGGAUUCAUGGGUUGUACUGGCUUUUCAAGGUUGACGUGCCCCACUCAUCUCUCCUUCCCGCCCCCCACCGCCGCAAUUCCCUCUUCUUUAGGCAGGUUAGAGGCUCCAGUCCUUGGAGUGGGAUCAUGUAUGAUUACAUUCGUUUCGAAGCACCCGCCCCAUCCUCAAAAUGAUUCCUUUUCAACUCCAUACAUACAUGUAUGUUUGAAGCAAGGAAAGUGCACCUAUAUAUUAGGUGAAUGCGUCACCACAUGAUCAUGUAAGUACACUGAAAUGGUUUGCACGCCAUCAAAUGUCUGGACAUGGUAAUAUAUAUGAAAUGGGUUUGAUUCACAAAUUUGCAAGAGCGGAAGAAAGUUUUUCAAUUUUCAUGUAUCCAGUAUGAUAUACUCCGUAUUAAGCUAACAGCCUUAGGGUAAAGCUUAAAAUGAAUGGAGUUACUGAAUUUUAUUUAUGUGAAGCCCAAAUGAUUGAAAUUACUAAACACCAUUGAAUGAGCUCUUAUAUAAUAGCAAAAAAAUCAAUUAUGCCCAAUCAACUGGUUUUCCGGUUAAUUUGCACGCGUGGUGACCCAUGUGGCUGUGGCGAUCCAUAUAAGCUAUGUAGAACAAUUUAAAUGGAAUUAGGUGUUUCAGUGAUUACCGCUUUGUCUUCUCCGUUCUCAGGCAGUUCAAUAGCUUUCUUCAUCUUUGUUUCUUUUUCUUCCAUUUUCCGUUCUUCCCUAGACAUCAACAGAGACCGGCAAUCACCCUUCCUUCAUCUAGUUUUUCCUCUCCUUUUCCUUUCAGCCUUUCAUCUUCUUUUUUCUUUGCUUUAUUGCAUCUAAAUUUGAUCUCUCUGACCGGCUGUUGGUUCCUUCUCAAACAGCUCUUUCAUCUUUAUUCCUCGCAAGAAAAAACUACGAGUACAAAAAUAGAUAAACCUGAACCAAC